AUGGCUGCUGUGCUCCCCGUCAGACCGCCCUGUGACAGCAACCCCGCUACUCCCGGAGCACAAUCCAUUAAGGAGGAUGUAAUAGAAGAGGAGUCCAAUGAUGGCAGCCAGCCUCCCAAGAGAAGGAGGAUGGGUUCAGGCGACAGCUCUCGAAGCUGUGACACCUCCAGUCAAGAGCUUGGUCCGACAUAUUUCCCAGCAGAAAAUCUGACAGAGUACAAGUGGCCGCCAGAUGAUACAGGAGAGUAUUACAUGCUGCAGGAGCAGGUCAGCGAGUAUCUGGGAGUCACAUCAUUCAAGAGGAAGUAUCCUGAUAUGGAGAGGAGGGACUUGUCCCACAAAGAGAAGCUCUACCUUCGUGAACAGAACGUCAUCACUGAAACACAGUGCACUUUGGGUCUGACAGCUCUGCGCAGCGACGAGGUGAUAGAUCUGAUGAUAAAGGAGUAUCCCACCAAACACUCUGAGUAUUCAGUCAUACUGCAGGAGAGGGAGCGACAGAGAAUAGCAAAAGAGUACUCUCAAAUGCAGCAGCAGAACCCUCAGAAGGUGGAAGCCAGCAAGGUUCCUGAGUACAUAAAGAAAGCAGCGAAAAAAGCUGCAGAAUUCAACAGUAACUUCAACAGAGAGCGUAUGGAAGAGAGGAGAGCCUACUUUGACCUCCAGACUCAUAUUAUCCAGGUGCCCCAGGGCAGGUUCAAGGUGUUGGCUCCAGACCUCACCAGAACAGGGCCCUACCCUGUGGCUCUCAUACCCGGACAGUUCCAGGACUACUACAAAAGGUAUUCUCCCAAUGAGCUGCGAUACUUGCCGCUGAACACAGCUCUGUUUGAGCCUCCACUGGAUCCAGAGCUUCCUGCGCUGGACUCAGAACCUGACUCUGAUGACGCAGAGGAAGCCAAGGAUGAAAAGAAGAACAAGAACUCAUCUGACAGUUCUUCAGGCAACACAUCAGACGUGGAGAGUCAGGAGGGCGGAGGUGGACAGGGCCACAAGUCCAAGGCCAAAGACAGAACGUCAACUCCAGGCAAAGACGGCAACCAGCGCCAUUCUGCGUCCCACAAAGCCACCCCAGGGUACAAGCCUAAGGUCAUUCCCAAUGCUAUAUGUGGCAUUUGCCAGAAGGGUAAAGAGGCCAACAAGAAAGGCAAACCAGAGGCUCUCAUUCACUGCUCCCAAUGUGAUAACAGCGGUCACCCGUCCUGCUUGGACAUGAGCACGGAGCUGGUGUGUGUGAUCCAGACGUACCGCUGGCAGUGUAUGGAGUGUAAGACGUGCACCGUGUGCCAGCAGCCCCACCACGAGGACGAGAUGAUGUUCUGUGACAAGUGUGACCGAGGUUACCACACGUUCUGCGUAGGCAUGGACUCCAUACCUAAAGGUCUUUGGGUAUGUGAGGUCUGCGACAAAGAUUUCACCACACCCAAGAAGAAAGGAGGAGCCAAAACACCUAAGAAGUCCAAGUCUGCUCAAAAAUGACCUACGAACUACUUUGACCAUAGUAUCUUGACCAAAUGCUCCACAAAUGUCAGCUGUUCAGCUGCAUAAGCUGUAAAUCUUGAAAACAUCAGAUCAUUGUUUGUCCCAAUAGUUUUGCUGCAGAAUGAUAAUCAUAAAAGCCUAGUGUGUGUUCCAAAAUAAAUAUAUAAGUAAAUAAAAACCCACUAGUGUUGCCUUCUACCAAGUACCAAGAAUCCAAACACAAAAAUCUUAACUUGUCGUUGCUCUCUGUUGAUUAGCAGAUGACACAACAAACUUCGUAAUCAUUUCUGUGAAAGCUGUGAUGACGUGGUUUAUGUACGUGAUGAUACAUCAGGUGUCCAUCCACAUGAGGCAUUAACUUGAGCACAGCAGCUCUGUUACAAA